UGAAAAUUUAUACAUUAUCAUUUUAAAUUAUUUUUCCUUAAUUCAUAAUUCUAAAUGUUACAGAUUUCCCAGCAGCUGAAAAAAUGUUUCAGCAGCUUGUAAUACAAAGUCAACAACGUGACACCAGUGUAGUUAAACAGCUUAGUUACCAUGUAAAGUAUCCACUCUACUCUCUCAGAACUCUCAUGUACAUAUUUACACAUGGUGAUGGACUGCCUUCUUUUUAUAUGAUAAGAAAGAGAACGUCCUGUCCAUGUGGCCAAAAAAGGCCUUGGCUCCAAGAUCUGACACUUAAUUCACCCUUUCUCUUUCUGCCAGCUUCAGAAUGACUCACCCUGAACUCAAGUCUGUGUGAAGUCCCAGCCCAUUCCUUAACAGUCAUCACACAACACACAUCCUCUCAAAAUUCGAGGGAAUAGUGGAGAAACCACUUUAAAACUAAAACAGCAGGCCCAUGUGCCUCAGUAAUUCCAAUGAAAUGGAUGAAAUCGAAUGUGUGGUAUUUAAAUUGCAAAAGUUUAAUUUACGUUGAAUUAUUUUUACAUUUUCAUGUUUUAUUAUUUGUUGUGUUUGUUUUCAUUCAUAUUAUUGAUUAUUUCAAAAUGUCUUAUGUACUUAUAUAUUUAAUAUCAACAACUCUGGGCCUCCACAGAUAUGAGUGUUGUUACUAUGCAUUAUGCUUCCUUUUCUGAUUUAAUGACUCUUAUGAACUGAGAAAUAGAUUGAAAAAGACAGUAGUUGAACCUAAGAGAGAUGUGAUGAAGUUCGACUACCAUGCACAAAAAUCUGGUAUAUUUGAAUAAAAUUUGGUAGAGCUCUUUACGGUAAAUGAAUUUUGAAAUGUUGUGCCACUACUAAUCAAAUCCAAAUCAGCACUUGGCACGGAUAACUAUUCCUUGACAUGUAGUCUUCCUGUUGAACUUUUGUAACUAAGUGGCCUCUGCUUCCUCUUCUGUUUUUACUCUCCCGUGGGAAAAUGCGCACUGAAAAAACCUUUGAGGAACAUUUAAUUGAGCUGAUAGAAAUAUCACAUCUGACAGAAAAAGUUCUGACUUUGGUAUAUACUGUGUGUACUAAGUCUCUUCCAAACAAUUUUUGCUUUCGGUUCCCAGCGUUGUAUAUUUGUACAGUAUGUGGGCAUGUGUUUGGCUUAUGCAAAGUACUGCCUGGAUCAGAGGAUUUUUUUGACCGCAUUGAAAAGGACUUGACGAAAGACUGAUAAGUCUUUUCCUUAAGAGAACAUUUUCAAGAAGUUGUACAGAUUCCUGAUUUCUCACAACAGUAUAUUCUGUACUGUGAUCCAUUUAAUAUAACUGUAAUAAAUAAAGCGGCGUUUUCUUGCUGCCUUCAGGAGGACCCACUACACUGAGAUACUGAAACUAGUUCUUGUAAAGUCAUUUCAAAGAAUCAAAAUAUCCUGAGUCUGCAUUAGGCAUGUUGUAUCUGGCCACUGUGACUCAUGAUUACCAGAAGGCAGACACUCCAUUUCCUGCAUUGACCAAAUUGAUUUCACAAUCAUUAUGAGCUCAAGCAGCGAAGGAUUUUUUUUUCAGAGCUUGUAUCACUAGCCACUCUGGAAGGGAGUUUCAGGGAGUAACUUGACUCUCUGACUUUUUGUCCUCAUGUAAGAUCUGGAACAACUAGUCGGGAUUCCUUAUCCUGAUUAGCAGAUGCGUUUGAAGUCUUUUCUAUGAUGAAUGCACUGAAUCCACGAAGACUUCCUGAUAUAUUUCCCAUCAAGGAAUAACAACAAUUGACCACAAACCGUAAUCGAAGGAGGAUUAUCAUGAUCCAAUGGUUAUUACUGGUCACACUGUUCUGUAAGAGCACACAAGAUGGAAACGGACAAGAAAAUGGUGUUUUUCAUUGUGGACCUCCGAAUCUGACACUUAACAAAUCUGUUCAGACAAUCCUGUUAGCAUGGGAAGACGACCCUUCAUGCUCUGCAGUGCAUGAUGUGCUGAUCUACGAGCUGGUGGUUCUCAUAGCAGACAAGCAAGUACACUAUGAUGAAGUUGCUGUGACGCAUGAGCAGAUAGGAUCUCCUCACUCCUGGAACUGGACGUCCCACUUGGCCUUGGAGUGUGCUUCCCACACAGUCAGGCUCAGUUCCCGAUACGAAAACCGUACAAGCCCAUGGAAACAAGAGCAGACUCUUCCAGGAAAAGAAAACUUGUCAAGGCCAGAGGUUUAUCCACGGGACAGAGUGUUGAAGGUUGGCAGCACAGUCACCUUCUGCUGUGUUCUGCCGGCUGGGGAAAUCUUUGACAAAAUGUAUCUGCCUGGGUAUAAUAGCACUAUCAUGAACACUACCAAGAUCAACAAUCGGACGUAUGCCUUGACUGUCCGCCUGAACCAGCCAUCACGUGACAGUUGUACUGAUGUAAAAUGUAAAGCGAGUAUCCAGCAUGUCAAAACAACUGAGAAUGGGGCUUGUGCUUUUAUUGGCUAUCUACCUGGUGAUAAGGAUCUUCAGUGUGAAACCAGUGAUCUGGAAUCAGUCGAAUGUCACUGGACAGUAGAAAGAAGCCCACACCUGCUCUCAAAAAAAACAGAGUAUCAACUUCUUGGAAGUCCAUGUGAAGAUGGGUCUCGGGGGAGAUGCUUAAAAAAAGUGCAAGAGGAUGCUGGUGAGAGAAACUGGACGUUAACAGUGAAAAAUAAGCUUGGGAAAGUGGAGCUUUCAGACAGGGCCGACCUGACUAAAAGAGUGCACAUGCUCGCUCCAGAGGGAGUGAAAGCUUCAACUGUGAAUGCCAGAAAUGUUACCCUCGAGUGGAGCUGGAAAGUGCAACGGUACACUAAUCUCAAUUUAACAUGCCAAGUAAACGUUAGCCAUGGAGGAACAAAUACAAUGAGUGAAAACAUUGGACUUGGCCUUAGUUUUGCAGUUCUGACUGAUUUGAUACCAAAUUGGACGUAUAAUGUGACAGUACGAUGUGGAACAACACAAAAUUUCUGGAAAUGGAGUGACUGGAGCAUAGGAUUCAACUUCAACACAAAGGGUGAUGUUCCAGAUGCUCUUGAUGUUUGGAUGCAGGUGAAGGAUAAUCAGAUUAUAAUCAUUUGGAAAAUGCCACUUGCUAACCAGAGUCAUGGACACAUCCUAGAUUAUGAAGUUACCUGGGCAAAGACCAAAGCGACAGUGGCUAACAGCAAGCACCAUCUUGCACUCAGUCUGGACACCACUGAAGACUAUAUCGUCGCAGUUACAGCUAGGAAUAUAAACGGAAGCUCAUCCCCAUCAACCAUCACCACCCCCCCCUUCAAUCCAAACAAAACUGGAGUGAACAAUUUGCAGAUCAAUCGCAAAAAUGGAAGCUUCAGCCUGUCCUGGUCUGCCAGUCCUGCAGCUAGCUGUGGCUACAUAGUGGACUGGUGUCCUACCUCCGGUCAUUGCAGUUUGGAGUGGCUGAAAGUGCCUCCCCAUGAACAUAACGCCAAUAUAUUUUCAAAAAACCUAAAAGAUGGACUGAGAUAUUCAUUGUCCUUAUAUGCCUGCACCCAGGGAGCUCCAGUGCUGCUAGAAAGAGGAGAGGGCUAUGUCAGUGAGGAAAGAAUAAAAGACGGCCUCUUUGUACCACUGAAAUGGAAACAGCAGGAUUCAGAUGUUGAGGUAUCCUGGAAUCCAGUAUCUCUAACAGAACAGACAGCUUUCAUCCAGGGCUACAUUCUGUAUUGCACAGACAAAGACAACGACAACAAGAUAGUCUGCAAUGUGAGCACAGACAAUCCGGAGGCCAUCACCCUGAGAGCAAGUCACCUGAAAAUCGGUUCCUAUGAAUUCACAGUAAAAGCACGGACUGCGGUGGGAGAAUGUGGCACUACAUCCUUAACUGCCACCUUGAAUUCACAGACUGAUAACUUGAUCAAGGCAGUCAUCAUUUCCCUGGUCACUGUUUUUAGUCUACUUUCCCUCAUCACUGUCGUUUGCUUAAAACACUGGGCGUGCAUCAAAGAGAUGGUGUAUCCUCCAAUCCCAAAACCACUGUUGACGGACAAGUGGUUGACAUCGCCGGGUGAACAUAGUUGUCAUCCUCUUCGUGUGGAUCAGUGUCAACACAGUGAAGUGGCUAACAUGGAUAUUCCUGAGCUGCAUUGUAAAUCAGGAGGACCAGUGAAUGAUUAUGUCAGUCCCGAGAACAUACCUUUUGUUUUUGCUCAGACUCCAAAGGGUUACUACAACCAGCCCCUGCAAAAGUGUACCCCACCACCCCUUAUUUUAGCCACUCCAACAGUCCCAUCUCAGUCAGGUUUACCAUCUUCUCCAAUCAGAGGUUUAUUUCCUAACCCGUCAUAUAACCUGAUGAUGCAGGCUGGGGAUCAAUGGUCCAACCCAGGGCCUGAACUUCAAGAGGGGACAUGUUUAGAGAGAAACUCCAGUGGAUACCAGCCACAGAGUCGCACAGAAAACUUCACCCUAAAUCAGACAGAACAGGAUCCAGAGUGUUACAUUUUGUUACCACAGUGACAUUCCACAUAGUUGUUGCAUGCACAUAUAGUAUAUCGUAAGUAUGAAAACAAAUAUGACAGUGCUGCGAGAAAACAUAAAUUUAACUUGAGGUUUGUGAAUGUGUACACAUUAAUACAUUACUAUGGUAUUUAAGCAUAGUUUUGUUCCAUAAAUGACGACUGAUAAAGUAACGUAUACUGUGACUUAUAACUUGACAGGUGUGGUUUUGCCCUUGCAGUUGGGGUAUAGAAUACAAUAUGAUUCCUCUGUAAAACAAAAUCAUAUAUCGAUGCCACUGUCUAUUAGCUUACCUUAACAAAUCCAUUUGCUGCUUGAGUUAUGUGAUUGUGAAAUCCAUGCAGAGUUACAUGCAGGAAAUCCAGCUGUUGCUUUCUGGUAAUCUUGAGUCCCAGAUGCCAGACCAAACGUGUCGUACCUGGAUCCAGAACACUUUGGUUCAUGGAAAAUAAACAAUAGUGAAAUCUAGAUAGUGAAGCCAAGACAUUCUUCAAACCCACAAAGUUUUAUUUUAAAUGUUGGUAGAGAUCCCUAAGUUUCCAUUUUUGGGGAAAAAUAUGAAUGAACACAUGUGGAAAAUAUGUGUAAUAAUAAUAAAAGUAACUUUAUUUAUACAGCACUUUUCGAAACAAAGUUAGAAAAAUGCUUUACAUGGUUUUCAACAGGAUUACUACAUUAAGAACUAGAAAUUGGGUAUUGGAACAAAUAUUUCCAUUUGAUGUAAUGGAAAAAAUGUAAUUGUAAUUCUAAAAAACAUGGGUCCUGGCAGGGCCAUAGCUGACACUUAGGACGCUGAAUUAAUGUCUUCCGUAUUUUGUCUUUUUUAAACUUUUUUAAAAGCAACCAAGAUUAAAAAAAAAAAAAAAAAAAAAA